UUUGGGGCCUUUUCGUCCAAACUCAUUCGUAGUGUGACCUUUCCAGAGUUAAGGUCCACUUGAUUAUGUCGGAUCAUGAUUCAGGACGAUUGCCUUGGACCGCAGGUGGGCGGGACAGAAGACCUUCUAAUGACACCCGAAGGACGCCUCUAAGCGAUGAGGAUUCCAGUGAUGAGGACCAUGAGAAGCAAUCCCGACGAUCUUCGAACCACUCGCCAAGAUCGCGUCACUCAGACCGACGAAGGCAAUCGGAAAUUUCGAUUGUCUUGGAACGUUCCAGAAAACAAUCCAGGCAAUCUGCAUUAUCGGAGAUUCGACAAGAAGCCAAAGAUGAGGCGAGCUCAAUUCCCUCAGAGCACUUGAGCAACUUUGAUCGCUAUCGGAAGCACUCAGAUCUCGAUGAUCUAGGAAUAGUGGAUGUCCAUGAUCGUAGUUUCCAAGGAACGGAGGAGGGUUCCAAGAAAUCUGAUGCGGAAAAUGACGACGAUCCUCCAUCAAGAGAUCGUUCAACGGAACGGAAUCCUCAUGAACGCGGGAAAUGGUCUGGCAAGCUGGAUUUCUUCCUAUCCUGUUUGGGUUACGCAGUUGGUUUGGGAAAUAUUUGGAGAUUUCCGUACUUGUGCUACAAAUUUGGCGGUGGCGCUUUCCUGAUUCCUUAUCUGAUCAUGUUGUUCUUCAUUGGGAUCCCUUGUUUCUUCAUGGAGUUGGCAUUGGGCCAAUACUCGGCUAUGGGACCAAUAACCAUCUAUGCGAACAUUGCUCCCAUUUUUGCCGGACUUGGAUUUGCCAACUUUUUUGCCAGCGCUGUGGUCGCCAUUUAUUAUAACAUGCUCUUGGCAUGGACCAUAUAUUACAUGAUCGCUUCAUUUACGACCGGAACGCUCCCUUGGGAGACCUGCGACAGCAGCUUCAAUACGAACUUUUGUUUCAGUGUCAACGACUACAAGAACUGCACGGAAUAUCGCAAACAAACAGAAACGUCGUCAAGUGGUCCAGAAGAGAUUAUUUAUCAUCGAGGUCGAUGUAUCACGGAUGGAUCUAUCAUCAGUGAGAUCGAGAAUAAUAUCACCUACUUUUAUGGCUGCCAGAGACCAGUGGAAGUGCUGGAGUCCGAUGGACCCAAUUGUCGAAGGGUCAUUGCCACCAACUACGAACCAGGGGUUUACAUCAACCCGAACGAUUGCGUGGAACUAAGCCGACGAAACGAGUUCACGAAGGCUUUUGACCUGCCCCAUGGGAUCAGGAACACAGCUGCCCAGGAGUAUUAUACACACGAAGUCCUCAACGAAUCCAGCGGGAUUGACGAAUGGGGUGUGCCUCAAUGGAAGUUAGUGCUCUGUUUACUGGGAGCUUGGGUGGUGAUCUUCCUCUGUCUGAUCAACGGAGUCCACAGCUCGGGAAAAGUGGUAUAUUUCACUGCCACUUUUCCCUACAUUAUCCUGGUGAUCCUGUUCUUCAGGGCCGUCCUCCUUCCUGGAGCUUGGGAAGGGGUCAAGUUCUACAUCAUCCCAGAAUGGAAACGCCUCAAGGACAUUCGAGUUUGGGAGGCUGCCGCCAUUCAGAUCUUCUUCUCUUUGGGCGUUGGGAGUGGCGGUCUGAUCACAAUGGCCUCUUACAACAACUUUGACAAGAACAUUUUCCGCGAUACCUUGAUUAUUUCUUUGUGCAAUUGCGCAACAUCCAUUUUUGCCGGAUUUGCGAUUUUCUCCGUCCUGGGAUUUCUUGCCACUGAACUUGGAGUGGCAGUGAAGGAUGUGGUCAAAAGCGGAACUGGUUUGGCCUUUGUUGCUUAUCCAGAUUUGGUCACAAGGUUACCUGCGGCCCCUGUUUGGGCAGUGUUGUUUUUCGCCAUGCUGUUUACCUUGGGUCUGGAUUCUCAAUUCACGUUUGUUGAGACCUUGGCUACGGGGAUUUUGGAUUUAAAGCCUUCGUGGCGGAAGCGAAAAUGGAUUGUGGUUUUGUUGAUUUCGAUUUUAGGCUUUCUGAUUGGUUUGCCCCUUACUACGCGGGCUGGUGGAUAUUUACUUGAUUUAUUGGACUAUUACGGAGCAGGCUGGGCUUUUCUGUUCAUUGCCCUCAUGGAAUUGAUCAUCGUGUCCUACAUUUAUGGUCUUCGUCGUUUCUAUCGUGAUCUCGAAGAAAUGUUCGACUUCAGACCGAGUUACUGGCUUCAAGGACACAUGACCGUCAUCUUUACGACUGUUUCACCUCUGAUUAUUCUGUUCAUUUUGGUCUAUUCUUGGGUGGAACAUAACCCUUUGACUCGGGAUGAUUAUGAGUAUCCGGAAUGGGCCAAUAUUGUUGGGUGGGUCAUCGGAUUGAUCCCAAUUGUGGCUGUGCCCUUAAUCGGAAUCAUUGUCGUGGGUUACAGGUUCUGUAAAAGAGAUCGACACUACGCCCUGAAGAAGAAAUUUGGCAAGUUAUUUCACUACACGUCCAAAUGGAGAGAUAAUGAGGAAGAUGCGGACGAUUCGGACAGCGAGGAUGAUAAAAACUCCGACAGAGAUGAAGAAAAAGCCCAACAACGGUUAGCCCGGCGAGCGGAGAGGAAAAAACGCUUCCGCGGACGAAGUACUCGUCGUGUCCGAGCUCACUCAGGUCAGCGUGGAGCCCGCAACUUUUUGAGGCAAUCAAGGAAGAAGACCAAGUCGUCCGAGGAUGGCGAUUCCAGGCCUCCAUGGAGAUUUUAAGUUGGACCCAUCAAACAAUCAAAAUGUGUGUUUAUUUUGCGCGACAAUCAGUCCACAAAAAUCCUUAUUCAGCGCCAGAGACGCCGUUCGAAUUUUAGUACUUGCACCACCUACUGAGACCAAAGUUUUGUCAAUGUUCAGCUUGACUGAGUCCUUAAAAAGGUUGUUAAUUUGAGCUCGUUAGAAAUAUUGCUGAUUCCACAACGCAGUCCCCCUGCAUUUUUCCCUUACCUUUGAUCAAUAUAUUUUACUAGAAGUGUACAACCAUACAAAA